UCUAUUGGAUGUAUGGGAGGCGGUGGCGGAAGUGGCGCGCGAUCCGCACACUGGCCCUGGAAAUUUUUUCAUAUGUCUUCUGAGAAAGCAACAAUUACAGUUCGUCUCAUUCGUUCCUUUGAGCAUCGCAAUUUCAAGCCACUUGUUUACCAUGGAGUUAAUUUGGACCAAACUGUAAAAGAAUUUAUUGUAUUCCUAAAAAAAGAUGUACCUUUAAGGGCAGGCCUCCCACCCCCAUUCAAGAAUUAUAAGUAUGAUAAAAUGAAGAUUAUUCAUCAGGCGCACAAAUCAAAGACUAAUGAACUCGUGUUGAGUUUAGAAGAUGAUGACAGACUCUUGUUAAAAGAAGACUGGACUAUGAAAGCAGCUGGAGUUGGAGAAGGGAACUCAAGAAACCCAAGGUCCUGGAGACCACCCAGAAACUGCACAGUGCCUAGUAGCAAAAGAUCGUGCAAACCAUCCCAAAUCCAGCUAAUGAAACUGAAAUUGCGUUCUUCUGUGAAGAAGAUUACAAGAACUACAAAGCUAAUCCUGUUUCAUCCUGGUGAAGACAUCUGGGGCUUUUUUUUUUUUCAUUUCAUACCUAGAGUAAGCUCUUUAUUUUGCUUAGUGAGAGUUUUUUUUAAACUAAUAAAUAAAUCCUAAAAGAUUAA